UUCUCCCAUGACAGGAUGUUUCUGGGUUCUGAGUGGCUAUCUCAUCAGCUGGGCCUGCCAGAAUUAGAGUCUAGAGUUUCUUCAGCCUUGCUCCUGAUCUGUCUGGCAUUGACGACCUGGAUUCUGUGCAAAGUACUGAGCUGUUUCUACCAAUUCUAUGUCAACUGCCAACAUCUUCGAUGCUUCCCUGAACCCCGCUUAAGGAACUGGUUUAGUGGCCAUGCAGGACUGAUCCAACCCUCUGAGGAAGGCAUACAUCGUGUUUGUCAAUUUGUGACCACUUUCAGGGAAGUCUUUCUUUUGUGGGGUGGACCCGUGCACCCUGUAGUUUUCCUCUGCCACCCGGAUUAUAUCAGGCCUCUCACAUCAGCUUCAGCCAACAUCUCACCCAAGGACAAACUUUUCUAUGGAUUCUUGGAGCCUUGGUUGGGGGAUGGGCUGCUUCUAAGCAAAGGAGACAAAUGGAACCGACACCGGCGCUUGCUGACCCCAGCUUUUCACUUUGACAUCCUCAAACCCUACAUAAAGAUCUUCAACAAGUCCACAGACAUCAUGCAUAUGAAAUGGCGGCAUCUCUGUGUUGGGGGCAGCAUCCGUUUGGACAUGUUUGAGCACAUCAGCCUCAUGACCCUGGACAGCUUGCAGAAAUGUGUCUUCAGCCAUGACAGCCAAUGUCAAGAGAAGCCAAGUGCCUACAUCUCUGCCAUCUUGGAGUUAAGUGCCCUUGUGGCAAAACGCAACGUGCAGCCCCUCCUCUAUUGGGAUGCUUUAUACUACUUCACCAGCCAGGGGAGGAGUUUCUCCAAGGCUUGUCACCUGGUGCAUAGCUUCACAGAUGCUGUCAUCCAGAACCGGCGUAAAAUCCUGUCUGAACAAGGUUCUGAGGCCUUCCUCAAGGAUAAGGGCAAGGGAAAGACCAUGGACUUCAUAGAUAUUCUGCUACUGGCCAAGGAUGAAGAUGGGAAAACUCUAUCAGACAAGGACAUCCGGGCAGAAGCUGACACCUUCAUGUUUGAGGGGCAUGACACGACUGCAAGUGGCCUCUCUUGGGCCCUCUAUAAUCUGGCCCAGCACCAAGAACACCAGAACCGCUGUCGUCAGGAAAUACAGGAGCUUCUGAAGGGUCGUCAGCCAGAGGAGAUUGAAUGGGAUGACCUGUCUCAGAUGCCUUUUCUGACUAUGUGUAUCAAGGAGAGCCUGAGGCUGCACCCACCAGUUGUUGCUAUUGCUCGCCAGUGUACCAAGGACAUUCAACUACCUGAUGGGCGCGUUAUCCCCAAAGGGAACACUUGUCUGAUCAGCAUUUUUGGAACUCACCACAAUCCAACUGUGUGGCCCAAUCCUGAGGUCUAUGACCCAUACCGUUUUGAUUUCAAUAACUCCCAAAAGGUAUCACCAUUGGCAUUUAUGCCCUUCUCAGCUGGACCCAGAAACUGCAUUGGUCAGAACUUUGCCAUGUCUGAAAUGAAAGUUGUUCUGGCCCUCACCCUCCUGCGAUUCCGAAUCCUCCCUGAUGAACAGCCGGCCCAAAGGAAGCCUGAAGUUAUCCUCAGAGCAGAGGGUGGACUUUGGCUGAGAGUGGAGCCCCUGUAGCCUUCUUUUACCACUGAGACACAUCCCAGAAGCACCCCCCCCCCCAAGACUGAUGGAUGGACAUUUCCUCAGGUCUGGGAUAUGGAGGCUUGGAGACUGGCUGCCCCUUCAGUUACCUUUGUCUUGUGAAUCUUCUGAAUAAAAGCACUUUUACACAUUGUAAA